UGAAGAUAGAAAUUAUACGGACAGUGUUUCUAAAACUGUUGAUACACUUGCAUUGAACGAAUUUAUUCCACUAUCUUUCUAAUGUAAACAUAAGUGACAGAUUGUAGAGACCUGUAUUUGCGACAAUGGACAGAACACCGAAAAGAGAAAUAUCGUCUGUUGACUCUCUCCUAUCAAUGGAGAAAUUGGAUCGAUCAUCACCGGAUUUAUGGCCUGAGAAAAUUCCAGGUGUAUCGAACUUCGUGAAUAUGAGUAACACGCCUAUAAAUUCUUCACCACCAGCAUGGACCCGAGGACUAUCCCAGGAAGAUCUUAAUUCCAUGCAUCAAUUGGGGGUACUAUCUACAAAUGGACUGAUCGCAGAAAUUCGUAAAUUGUAUGACCAAGCUUAUCAGUUUGGUUUGAUGGAAGCUAAAGAAAUGACUAGAGGAAAGUACUUGGCGAUAUUUGCUAAUGCAAAACGGAAAUAGCUUUUGUAUUUAUAUAUAAGCUUUUUGUAACUAAGGGUUUUCAAUUUAGAUCAGUGAUAAACGAUUUAUUAUUUUGAAUGAAAUUUUAGAUUUUUAA